AUGAGCAAACAAGUGGUGGUGGAUUUCACUGCUUCAUGGUGUGGGCCAUGUCGUGUCAUUAGCCCAUUUCUGGCAGAGCUUGCCAAGAAGAUGCCUAAUGUCAUAUUUCUCAAGGUGGAUGUGGAUGAAUUGGAGACUGUUGCUAAGGAGUGGGAAGUGGAGGCCAUGCCAACCUUUCUGUUCCUGAAAGAAGGAAACGUAGUGGACAAGGUUGUGGGUGCAAAAAGAGAAGAACUGGUGCAGAAGACAGAGAAGCAUGCAACUGCUUGACUUGUAAUUUGGAGAUAUGAACCUUCACUGCAAAAUGCCACAUUUAUUAUGGUCAUUGUAACUAUGCAAGCACUUGUUUGCCUGUUACUUUGAGGCCCUGAGAGCCUCAGGGCUCUCUUAAGAUAAGUGGUGUUUGUCAUAAAUUGAUAAUACAAUAUGUGUUAUUUA